CAUCUUCCUUCUAGUCCCAUCUGAAAAUUGUGUUCUUUUAAAAAGUAUUUUCUACAUCAUUGUCGUGUUUAUAUUCUUAGAAUUUCGAUUUUGCGCAGCGUAAAUUCAAUUUCAAAGUGAAUUAAAGAAAUACCCCAAAAGAAACAUAGAUUUUGAAGUAAAAUCAUGAAAGUUGUACACAGAAACCUAGUUCCCAACGGCCCUGGCUUCGUAAAGAUGAUACCGGUAGAUUCAGAUGAUCUCUGGUUUGUUUACAAUUUGAUAGCUACUGGAGACUGGGUUACGGCUCGAACCGUCAGGAAAGUUCUAAGGGAGACAUAUGGUGGAAGAGAUGCAGAACGUGUUACCCUGAAGUUGGAAAUAAAAGUCGAGGCGAUAGAUUAUGACAAAGAAGGAUCAGUUUUGCGGAUAAGGGGGAAGAACACCUUGGAGAAUGAACAUGUUAAGAUAGGGGCAUUCCAUACUCUAGAACUUGAGCUUCAUCGACCUUUUGUAUUAAGAAAGGAAAUAUGGGACUCAUUGGCAUUAGAUGUACUCCAUCAGGCCUCUGAUCCUGGUGCGAGUGCUGAUCUGGCUGUGGUAUUGAUGCAAGAAGGGCUAGCAAAUAUACUGCUUGUUGGUAGAAGUAUGACAAGUACCCGUUCACGGAUUGAAACUUCAAUUCCUCGUAAGCAUGGACCUGCCAUUGCUGGUUACGAGUCGGCUUUGAAGAAGUUCUUUGAGAAUGUUCUACAGGCUUUUAACAAACAUGUCGAUUUCAAUGUUAUUCGCUGUGCUGUUAUUGCUAGUCCUGGUUUCACAAAGGACCAGUUUCAUCGCCAUCUUUUGUUGGAGGCAGAAAGAAGACAACUGAGGCAAAUUAUUGAGAAUAAAUCACGAAUAAUUCUUGUUCAUACAAGCUCUGGAUACAAGCAUAGUUUGAAGGAAGUAUUGGAUGCUCCAAGUGUCAUGAACAUGAUAAAAGACACAAAAGCAGCCCAAGAGGUCCGAGCUCUCAAGGAUUUCUUCAAUAUGCUUUCAAAUGAUCCGACACGUGCAUGCUAUGGACCGAAACAUGUCGAGAUUGCCCAUGAGCGAAUGGCAGUUCAAACACUUCUUAUUACCGAUGACCUCUUCAGGAAUUCGGAUGUAAUAGUAAGGCAAAAGUAUGUGGAUUUGGUGAACUCGGUUAAGAAAACGGGGGGCACUGCUCACAUAUUUUCUUCGAUGCACGUAUCAGGGGAAGAAUUGGCACAGCUGACUGGUAUUGCGGCAAUCCUCCGUUUCCCUCUCCCGGAUCUGGAAGACAUUGAAAUGUAACGCAGCAACAUAUAAUAAGAUUGAAUUUAAUUUAUUGUAUUU